GCCAAAGGUGUCCCCGUUAAUUUCAUGGUCCGCUCACACAAACUUUGUUGUCUCAGAAAACGGUGUUUUUUUUAAAAGGCGGUCUCUUAUUCGCCUUCAAGACUGUCAGACUGUUUGCGACUCCAAGGUCAUCGCUGUUGGCAUGCUGUUCCAACAGUCUGUGCCUGGUGUCUUUAAUCAACCUUAUAAUAAUACGCUGUACAACCAGAAGAAUGCUUAUCGAUCCGAUAUGAGGCCGCCAGAUAAUACUGCUCAAGACAAAGAGCUGAUCAACUCGGUCAGCGAUCUAAAUGUCGCCAAUGAUGAAACAUGGAAAGAACGUAAAGAUCCCUUCUCAACCAAAGGCCCGACUUCGACAACGCUGGUUGACUUUGAGGCUAUCGCACCACCACCUCCGUCCAAACGCUUUAUCAAUGACAACUCGGCUUCUCAGUAUAACACGGUAUCUUCACAUCAAUAUAUGGAUGUUGCUCGAUCUUCUGCGUCACGAUUUGGUCAAACUUUGCAUGAAAGUACUCAUGUGCUUCCUUCCAUGUCUUAUGGUAGCAUGCCAAUUCAUCCUAGUUACCAACCUGGUAUGCAAUCAUCGUCAUCUACUUUACCAUUGUCAAACCAUCAUACUUUUCAACAGCAGCAACCGGCAUACUCAGCACUUCAACAACAGCAGCAUUUACAAGCUUAUAAUCCCUCUAUCAUGGUUCCACCGCAAUCUCCUACGCUUGCUAGCUAUUACUUUGAAGGUUCCAAUUCGUGGUUUGAUCAAUAUCAAGAUCCGAAAAGAUUGCGCAGCCCCUCAGCUCAUGUCGAUACCGAUUAUAUACAGAUGAUGCAGCAUCGACAGCAAUGGUAUUCCAUGAAUGCUGCUGCUGCGAACCUGAUGGUUGGUUAUGGUUUUGCAGAUGCGCAAGCCAUGCAGCAGUGGCUUUUGCAACAACAACAAACUUACCAAAUCAAUCCUCAAGCCUCAAUGAAUGCCAUUUACCAACUGCCAGGCUCUAAUCCCAUGCUACUCAAUGGCCAGCCAUAUCAGACCCUUCAACAACAGCAGCAAGCCAUUCUCAUGCAGCAAUUAUACUCACAGCAGCAUCUCAUCUCAUCCAUGGCAGUUCCUUCGUCUGUCCCACCUAUUGAGGCACAUUACUUGGACAAUGUACAACGUAGGAAGCAUUCACUCAAACAUAUGGGGGCACUCCCUAGAACUUCACAAUCAUACAGUGCCAGUAUACCACACCCAUCACAAUUUGCAAUAAACUCACAACUAUCGGUGACACAAAUGCUACAAGCCGGUGCCAUUGACUCCUCUGAAGCAAGCCGAGAUCAGCUACUUGCAUACGCCCACACUCUAUAUGCAAACACGCCAUAUAACCCGACUUUGUUAGAAUUACUGCAUUUGCUAAACUCCUUGCAUCCAACACAUCUACCGACUCUUCUUCUACUUGCUUGCGUGUAUUUUACGCAACGCAAUUAUCAGGCAUCACUUCACUACAAUCAAUUGAUUCUUAAGCAAGAUCCACAAUAUGUAGAGGCUAUGAGCAACAUUGGAACCACGCUUCGAAGUAUGGGACGCACAAGUGAAGCUGAGCAAUGGUGGUACCAGGCGGUCAAGCUGAGACCGGGUUAUUGGGACGCGGUGGAGAAUUUGGUCGGUGUCCUGUGCUCCAGCCAAUCCCACGAUAAAGCGAAAAAAGUUGUCACUGCUGUUAGCCAUGCGGGUCAUGACGAUGCCAAUGCCACUAAAUUGAUCCGAUACAAAGAAGCUUUGAAUGUAUGCGAUUUUGUCGAACAAUUUUUUUUCAAGUCGUCGCCGGAUGCCGACGUGAAAGCCACCACCAUUGGACGCCUAGAGUCCGCCAUUAAGCCCCCCAAAGAUCUUCCAAAACACCAAAUACCAAGACUACAAAACUUAUUUUACGCAAAGGGAAAUCUCAAAUAUGCUAUGGGAGACAUGAUUGGAGCUCGCCAUGAGUACGAAAAGGGCUUAGAAAUUGUAUUUGGCGGAAGGAGUUUAUUAGAGGUGGUCAAUCAAGUGGCAAGCGUCAUUGGUUCAUCAAGCGUUGCACAGGCUUACCGUCAUGGCACUUUGGUUGAAUCCAACGCAUUGCCUCUCAUUUUGCUUCAUCCUGAGCAAGCUUCAAGGCUUUUGAGCAUAACUUUUCCUGAGACGGGCGGCGUCCUGCCUGGUCUUGCUGGCACAGAUCGCAAUCCGACGUCACCGAGUUCGGUUGAUACAGUUACAACAAGCAGUAUUCAGCAAGCCGCUCAAACCACCUCUACCAUCUUGUUGACUUUGGCAAAGAUGUUUCAAGAUAUGAUGAACCCUUCAUCGUCCACUUCUCCUACUGCCAUUGCUACUGCAGCUGCUGAUGAAACAUCCACUAAACCGACCAUGUCUAUUCUGUUGCCGCUCUAUUAUCUCAGCCUUUCACUGAACCCAAGCCCAUCGACGGCAAACAACCUGGGCAUUAUUUUAAGCAACAUUUCAGGGGCUGCUUCCGCCAAUGCUAUCUUUAUCCAAGACAAGCCACGUCAACUACAGAACCCCGUCACUGGUACUUCUUUGGCACUCCAGUACUAUUCAUAUGGCUUGCAAUUGGACCCCCGACAUCCUCAUCUUUACACUAACUUGGGAUCCUUACUGAAAGACAUGGGUCAUCUCAAUGAAGCUGUCCGUAUGUACGAAAAGGCUGUUGAAUGCAAUCCUCGAUUUGACGUUGCUCUUGCCAACCUCGGAAAUGCCAUCAAGGAUAUGGGUCGUGUUCAAGAUUCAGUGCAGUGGUACAAGCGUGCUGUCGAAGUUAAUGCCAACUUCGUCGAUGCUAUCUGUGGCUUGGUGAAUUCCCUAGGCGGUAUCUGUGACUGGCGAGGAAGAGGAAGUGUUGGAGACGAGCAUGGCGUUGACGCAGUGGGACGAUUUAUACCCUCCUCUGGCGAUGUCAAGUCCUGUUCUGGCUGGAUUGGAAGAGUUGUUCAAAUUGUCGACAAGCAACUUCAGGAAGGUGUUGUCUGGGGUACUGGAGUAUUGAAGUGGAAGCAAGAGAACGGAUUGCACUUUUUGGAAAAUUUGGUUGAUUGCGCUGUCCGGUCUAUCAGUCAAGAUGCCAAUGUUAGAGCAAAUGCCAAGAAGGCGUUAAUGAAACGAGGCGUUGCCAUUAUGCAAAGGUCCAACGACAAGGUCAAUGAAGGCGCCUGGGUCAUUCGACUGAUUGAGCGUACCAUCCGACGCUUACAGCGGUCUUGGUACAUCACGACCUAUGGAGCAACUAUCACUGUUGACAAGUCUGUCACUUUACCUGCUAUCAUGGUGUCACCUAACCUGGUUCAAAAAUACAAACGACCCGCAAUUCCUUCUAUGCUACCAACUCCUGCUGUUCCUACCGUCCUGCCCUUCCAUACCUUCACGUAUCCUCUUGAUGCACGGCAAAUUAGACUCAUUUCCCAUCGUAAUGCAUUGCGCAUAUCGCACUCCACGCUUACAUCAUCUUGGGUACCUUCUCAUGUUUAUCCACCACCAGCGCCGCCGGCACCAAGAUAUAAAAUUGGUUACGUUUCAUCUGACUUCAAUAACCAUCCAUUGGCUCACCUCAUGCAAUCGGUAUUUGGAUUCCAUGACAAGGAACGAUUCGAAGUAUUUUGUUAUGCAACCACUGCCUCAGACAGUACACCAUACCGAUUGAAAAUCGAAGGGGAAGCGGAACACUUUAUAGACGUUUCAACAUGGACCCACCAACAAAUCGUCAGCCGAUUGCACGAAGAUGGAAUUCACAUCUUGAUCAACUUGAACGGCUAUACGAAAGGAGCUCGAAAUGAAAUCAUGGCUGCACGGCCGUGUCCGGUUCAAUGCUCUUUCAUGGGUUUCGCUGGAACCCUUGCCGGUGGUUGGUGUGACUGGAUCAUUGCAGACCCUAUUGUAUGCCCACCAGAGAUGGUGAGUUGCGAACAAUGGCGGUACCGAAGAGCACAUCAUAGAAACGAAACAGUGGGUGAUUUCACUGGUGAUAUCGAUCCUGAAUCAGCAUUGGAUAACUUCGUCUACACCGAAAAGUUCAUUUACAUGCCUCACUCGUACUUUGUCAAUGAUCAUAAGCAAGGUUUCCGUGAAGAAGAGGAUAAGCAACAACCAAUGGUACCACCGUUGCGCGAUCAGUCUGACUCUAAUGUUUGGGAAGUGGAAGAACUUAAACGUUGGAAGAUGCGUCGUGAAGUUUUUCCUGACCUACCGGACGAUGUCAUUAUCUUUGCCAACUUCAAUCAACUUUACAAACUUGAACCGGGAACUUUCCGACUCUGGCUGCGCAUUCUUGAACGAGUUCCAAAUUCCAUCAUCUGGCUCCUUCGGUUCCCUCCAGCUGGUGAAGCCAAUCUUAAGCGAACGGCCAUGGAAUGGUGCGGCCCUCAGGUUGCACAGCGUGUUGUGUUUACUGAUGUAGCACCCAAACAUAUCCACAUCCAUCGUGGCCGCGUAGCUGACUUGUUCUUGGAUACUCCGGAAUGCAAUGCGCAUACCACUGCGGCUGAUAUUUUGUGGAGUGGAACUCCCAUUCUCACAUGGCCAAAGUAUAUGCACAAGAUGUGCUCUCGGGUAGGAGCCAGUAUUGCCCGCGCAACAUCUUUUGGCGACGAAAUGAUUGUUCAAAGUGAACAAGAAUACGAAGAACGCGCCGUGGCUUUGGCCAACAGUCUAAAAUACAGCUAUGACAAUUCCAACGGUGAAAUGAAACGUGUCGGCAACGGUGCUCUUCAUGAUCUUAGAAAGCGACUUUUCACUACACGAGAACACAGUCGACUCUUUGAUACCCUUCGGUGGACAAGAAAUUUAGAAGCUGGUUACAUUGAGGCGUGGAAACGAUGGGUCACAGGUGAAGAGUUUGAGGAUAUCAAUGGCAAUUUGGAUCACUCGGGGUGCAUUUGGGUGACGGACCCCGAUGAUACCAGCCAUUGAACAAGAAGAACACAUCAAACUUAUUACAGCACAAGACAAAACAUACACCUAAUUGGAACGAAAAAGUGGAAACCAAACGAUAUUGGGCCUUGGCGGCAGUGCGUCACUGGGCUUUCAAAGAAAGUACUGAUAGAACAUACUUUCACAUUUCAAAUAGUUUCUUCUUUUUUUUUCCACAUUAUUCAUUGGCCCUUUGCAUUAUAAUUCAAUAAGACAAAUUUGCAAUAAUACAGUUGUUUAAACC